AUGUCGACGCGUUUGCCACCUUCCGACAAUGGCCAACUCCGCAACACCAUGCCCAGCGCACCCCUCUUCGAGCCCGGCGACAUCUUCGCCUUCCCCCCUCCCUCUCCGAAUGAGGAGGAUGAUCUCGAAGCCUUGAUCGCGGACGAGGAGGCGCAGCGCGCGGCCGCCAAAGACCUGGCCGGCUUGGAGUGCCAGAGCGCCGAGGAGGUCGCCCGAAUUGCUGACAGGAAAGCGGCCGAGGAGGAGGAGAAGCGGCGGCGCGCAGCGGCGGCAGCUAGGCGACGGGCUGCUAUGCUUGCUGCGUUUACGCAGGACGACGAGCUGGAGACGCAGGCUCAGUCACAACCUCGGCAGCACUCCCCCGUCCCCCUUCCCCCACGGGCCCAGUCUCGAAGCCAAGCGGCAGCCGAGAGCCAGGCCUCUGCCUCGAGCCAUCGCGAGUUCGAACCCGAAUUUGCCUUCGACUUUGGCGAGCCUUCGCGCCGCUCGCCGUCUCCUCCUCGCGUGAUCUUUGACACAGCCGGACGGCCACUCCGCGCCGUGCGUGCUGCAACCGCCUCAGGAUCGACCGUGCAAUUCAAGCGUCGACCCAAACCUCGUGUGCCCACUGACCUCGCACACGCGGGCCAGAAAGAGGCCUUCGACCUCCUCACCACGCCGCUGCAUGUGCUCAAGGCGCAGGCGGAUGAGAUCCGCAGCGAAGAGAAGGCUCGGGAGAUGGGGCGUGCGGAAACGGCCAGGCCGGCUGUCAAGGCUGGCCUGUGGGUCGACAAGUACCGGCCUACAAAGUUCUCUGAUCUUCUCGGCGAGGAUCGCAUUCACCGCGACGUCAUGUCCUGGCUCAAGGAGUGGGAUCGGUGUGUGUUUAAGCGCGCGGUGAAGAAGAAAAAGCGAAAGCUCGACGAAGAUACGAACACGUUCUACCACGACCCUCUGGAUCGACCACGGGAACGAAUCCUCCUGCUCUCGGGACCGCCGGGAUAUGGGAAGACGACGCUUGCGCAUGUCGUUGCUAAACACGCAGGCUACCGCACUCUUGAGAUCAACGCCAGCGAUGACCGUAACGCUGCGACCGUCACCACGCGCAUUCAGAAUGCGCUUGACGCAGGGGCGGGAAUCACGUCUGACCGGCCGACAUGUGUCAUCAUCGACGAGAUCGACGGUGCGACUGGCGGCGGCGACCACAGCUUCGUACGCUCCCUCAUCAAGCUGAUUCAGGACGUGCCGGCGCGUAAGAAGACCAACACCCCAGCCAGGCCUCUGCGGCGCCCCAUCAUCUGCAUCUGCAACGACCUAUACGCGUCUGCGCUGCGCCCACUGCGCCAACAUGCGCGGAUCGUACGCUUCAACAAAAGCCCGAGCCAAUUCCUUGUCGAGCGCCUCCGUCAAAUCUGUGACCGAGAGCGGCUCAAAGCCGAUCUUCGCGUGCUCACUCUACUCGUGGACCUUGCAGGUGCCGAUGUCCGCAGCUGCUUGAAUACGUUGCAGUUCAUCAAGUCACGCUCACCUGUGGUCACGACAGACGCCAUCAAAUCAUCCUCGGUCGGAGCCAAGGACUCUGGGACGACUCUCAACACAGUGUGGAAUGCACUGUUUGUGCCGAUGGCCGCAAAGCAGCGCCGCAAGGAGUUGGGCGCAGCUGACGAUGGACGAUACGUCGACCGCCUUGCAUUCCUCCUCCAGGCGUGUGGAGACUACGACCGGGUCGUGCAAGGCUGCUUUGAACACUACACCCAUCUCAAACCACUCGACACAAGCUUUGCCAACAUUUGCCGGUUGCACGACUGGGUCGGCUACUAUGAUCACUUAUCAAACCACAUCGGCGAGAACAUGGACUUUGAGCUCAUGGCAUACCUCCCAUACGCGGUCGUGCCCUGGUAUUCGCACUUUGCGUCUCCGUCGAAUGCCAAGCGCCCCACAGAAUGGCCAAAGGCUGAUUACGAGGCAUACCUCGUUCGUGUGGGCAACGAAGAAAUCGCGACGAGUUUCAAAGCGGCGAUUACACCGAACCUCCGGUCUUUGUUCUCGAGCUCAAGCACGCUCACCGAGCUCAUUCCGCUGCUCAUGCGCAUCAUCUCACCACCUCUGAAACCGGUGAAUGCCAACAUCGUGAAAGCGUCUGAACGUGCCGUUCUCGCGCGCCUCGUUGAGCUCCUGAUCCCCUUGGGCUUCCGCUUCUGGCAGGACAAGACGGAGGACGGGCAGCCGCAGAUGCGUCUUGAACCUGCGAUUGAUGUGUUUGUCACCUACGAUGGCAAGCGCGCUGGGGACAUUGUCGCGUCGCGGUUCGCGGUGCGGCAGCUGAUUGCGCAGGCGAUGGAUGCCGAGGUGGCACGCCGCCGCGGGCAUGCUGAGGACAGCACGGCCACGUCGACUGCUCAAGCGCUCGCUGAGCAGUACGGCGCUGCCAAGACCGGAGCAAAAGCGAAGACAGAUGAAGCAGCAGCAGCAGCAGCAGCGGCGCCGACGGACUUCUUUGGCCGUGUUCGGCUGCCGGCGGCACCUGUUGGAAAAUCGGGGACCGAUGAUGUGGACAUUGAGUUGGAGCCUGUUCUACCGAUGACGAAAUUCCGUGCAGUGUACCGCUUCAACGAGGGGUCGAGCAGUGCAGUGCGGACCAACGUCAAGAUGAGCGCUUUGAUGUGAAGUGGAUCUGAGGGGGGAGGCACAAGAGGGGGGAGAUGGAGACGGAGAUGCAUGUUGUGUGCCUGUGA